UUCUUCCUUUCUUAAGAUGGCGCGAGCUUCUCUCUCGUGACUGUUGGUUCAUGCGCGCGCUGUGGGUCAAGCGUCAAAGACAGAUGGAAAUGGACGUGUGAGAGGCGACGCGUCGCUGCGAGAUCGGCCUUUGCCGUGGCCGUGACGAGGCCGUCCGAAGCGUUGGUGCUCCGCAGGUGUAGACCGAUUACUGGGAGUAGCCCGCUGACCGGCGGCGGCCCCGUCAUGAGCAGUGGCAGCAUCGGCUGCUGCGAGCACCUGGUGGAGCAGGUGCUGCGCUACGUGCCCGUGCGGGAUUUGUUCAGCUGCAGUCAGGUGAACGCCCUGUGGCAGCGACUCAGCCUGGCGCUGCUACGAGCGAAGCUCAAGUGGGUCCUCUGCAUCGCCCCCCGGAAGGACGAGGACGAGACAUGGUGUCUGCGAAGCUACUGCUCGCAGUUGCGCCGUUUCUCCACCAUUGCCCGGAAGGCAGGCAAGAAGGCCACGCUCAACUUCCUGCUCAUCUCGAUCAACCACGACGACGAACGCAGGGUGCUGGAUGGAGCCCGUCAGUCGCUUCCACAAGAUUGUGUGACGGUGCUGUUCAAGUCACAGCGCGACAGGACGCUCAAUUUUGAGGAGAGCUGCAAGGGGCUCAAUGGCGUCCUCGUCUUCGAUUCCGCCUUCAGAAAUCCGCGGCCUUCACUAAGGGGGAGACGAAACAAGUGCGCAGCCAAGUUCGCCUCUUCCGAGUCCGACACUGGCAGUCUGAGCCGGGUCUCUAAGUUCCUGCGGCGGUGGGUGCUGGGUGAUCGGGGCAGCACCCUCGUCGCGUGCUUCAAGAACACAUCCCCCGGCGUGCUCACCUUCCAAUCGAAGCUCAGUGUGCCUCUCGACGACACUGGGCGCAUAACGACUUACUACGUCGAGAAGACUACGGGCCACAAGCUACAGGUUACAACUGCUGCGCUCCUGGCGAGAAUGAAACGUCGGAGUCUGGAGUGCAUCCUCAGCUUGAGAGACGCCUUCAAGAACGUUGGCAACACGAUCGUGGUGGUGUUCCAGACAGAACCUAUGGACAUGUUCGUGAUGGAGCACAUCCGGUGCGUGUUCCACGACGUAGCCGUCAUCAGCCUCGGUGGGGAAGCGGUGGCGGAGGUGCGCUCUAUCGCAUCGGACGGCACCGCUACUCCCCCCGGCCGAGGGAGGGUCACCGUUAUGUUGCUCAGGCUGCUGCCGGCGCUCACCGACAAGACACCGAGGAAGAAGGCCUCCAAGAUUAAGUCCCGGGCAUCGGUCUAAGAUUGACUGCGGCGUGUAGCACAAAAUUUCUCACAUGCCACACGCGAGUUGUCUCCUUUUCGAUCAGUGCGGAUCUCGCGUGCACAUCCCGUUCUUUCAUGACUCACGUGCAGUGGGCAUCGCGCCCUUUUUUAUCCUCGUUUAUCUUUCUUAUAGACUGGUACUGCUAUCCUGGACCUUGAUUCAUUAUUUCCUUCACUGUAAUUUCCUACGCAGAUGCGGCGUUUCUCUUCCUCGACGUCAAGCGUUAAGGAGUCCAGUCACGCAACACAACAGAUGCAGGUUUACCUAUGUAUGUGAAGACUAGACAGGACGUUUGCGUCGGGAACAGGGACGCUGCAGGCUACAUAAUAUUUAGCAUUUAUAAAUAAUAAAGGCUCAUUUAAAAUGUAGACAAAGCGAAUCACAACCUGUCGCAUAGAAAGAGAGUACGUCUGCACAACGCUGUCGUGCACGGUUCUCAAACGAGUAGCUCACAUGUGGUACAUUACACUAG